ACCUGCAAGCACUAGUGUGCCACUCUUGGUUGUCUAUAGUUUGUCUUGUUUGACAAAAAGGACGAAAAUCUGAGUUUGACGGGAACUUUUUCUUAUUUAUUUUACGAAAACCAAUGUUAUUUAAUGGGUUAAUCAGAAUAAAGAAUGGAGAACUUGUACUGUCGUUUCUGUGCCGAGCCUAGAAGCUCUGAAAAGCUUCUAAACUUACAGAACGACUCCGAAAGACACGACGAAACAAUCGUGAAGCUCGCAUUUGUAAACGCCGUGUAUGUCAACUUUAAUAGCAAUGAUAUGUUGCCGAAAACGGUUUGUUUCAUUUGCUACGACAACCUAAACAAAGCAUACGAGUUCCUAGACAAUGUGAAACGCGCACAAGAUGUUUUAUCCAAGAUGUUUACGAGUGCAGAUGAAAACAAAUGCGACCUUUCAGACGACGAUAGAAUGCCUGGCUUCGACGAUUUUCUUUGCAAUGACGACUCUGCGGCUGUAAAACUAGAGGAUGAUGCCCGCAACAAGUACUCAGAAGCUUCCGAACUUGAGAUUAGUUUACACGUUAAACGUGAAAUGAAAGAAGAGCCUGAUAUUGACGACCAAACGUAUGACGACUCGCUAAACGUUCAAGAUAUUCUAGACGCGGCGAUAUGUAACGCAUCCUUUAAUUCUAACGUCACAAUAUACGCUAAAGAGGUUUCUGAUCUGAGUAAAAAGGUUGUUAGAUCAUGGAAGGAUUAUCCUUGGGUUUGUGGCUACUGUAAUAUUGAGUUUCUGAAUAUAGAUAUGUUACGAUCUCAUUGCAAAGUGGUUCAUGGCAAAUGUUCGGCGUUCAUGUGCAUUGAUUGUAAGGCAGGAAGGAAUGAGGACUUUACUAGCUUUGUUAAACAUGUUCGGAAACACAGGAAGAUACUAAGGAACCAUUGCUACUAUUGUGACUUAGUAUUAGACAAAACAGAAAACUUAACUACCCACAUAAAAGAACACUUCUUAAAAUCACAACUACCCUGCCCACUGUGCGGAGAAAUACUUAAAAAUGAGGACUCAUUAAAACUACAUUUACGAGACUUUAAUAUAACAAAACAGAAACGCAGGCCGAGAAGAAAACCCGGAACACCUAUCACAAUAGAAGAUUUAACUUGUAAGUUAUGUAAAAAGGUGUACAAGAAUCCCAACAGUCUCCGAGACCACAUGAAGCUGCACACGAUAGACCGCAAACGCAAUUACACUUGCGACAGAUGCGGUAAAAUGUUUUACAAUAAAGGUACUCUCACAUCACACAUACUGUCACAUGAUAAGAACCGUCCGCAUGUGUGUAGGAUUUGUAACAAGUCUUUUCUGUACCCUAAUAUGUUAAGGCGGCAUGUUGAAAUGCAUUCUGGGGUGAAACCGUUUUCUUGCGAGCAAUGUGGAAGGUGUUUUAGACUGCAGUACCAAUUAAAUGCGCAUAAAAUCAUACAUACGGACUCCAUGCCUUAUGUAUGCUCGUACUGUAAUAAAGCUUUUAGAUUUAAGCAGAUAUUAAAGAAUCAUGAGAGACAACACACGGGUGCGAAACCAUAUUCUUGCCAGCACUGCGGGAUGGAAUUUACCAACUGGUCGAAUUACAAUAAACAUAUGAAACGGAGACAUAAUACGGACACCUCUAAGAAGAAAAUAACACCGGAUGGAGUGUUCCCGGUGAAUCCGCAAACAGGACAGAUCAUGCAAGUACAGGAUCCAGUCGGUACUGAAGAAUGGAAGACUAAAAUUAUGAUUCCUGGCAAAAGAGGAAAAAAGAAAAGUAUAAAACAGGAGGAUAUUUAGCUAGAAUUUGUAAAAGAUGUGUAUAUUUGGUGAAAGUUAAAAAAGAAGUUAGCACUAUUUGUUUUUGAGCUAAAAUGGCCUUUAAAGUAUGAAGUUAUAAGGUGCAUUUUGAGGCUUGGCUCCUGAAUUUAUAUGUAGAUAGAUGGUGACUCUAGUAUUGUUGACAAAAGCAAGAUCUUACAAAUAAUUACAAUUAAAUAUAAUUCAUAAACCUAGUGGUGCGUAUUUACCUUUCCGUGUUCAACUGGCGACUCCGAUCUCGCGAAAUCCACACGCUUUUGUUUUACUACGGAAUCCUACGAUCCCGUGUUCAAUUCGCGUCAACUGAGCACGGUUUUGCGAUAAAGUGGCGCUGGGUAAGGUUUUACAAAAUCGUGUGCUCGACUCUUAGACUGUUUGAGUCUUCAAAAGCGUGUUGAAUCAGCGACGGUAUUAUUCUAUAGUAGACAGUAGGUUGUUAUUAACUCAAUAUGAUUUCAAUGAAAUAUUACACACAAUACAAUUAAUGAAACAUUUAUUAUCAGCACAAAAAUAACAAAACAAAAACACCAACAAGACAACUAUUUUGUGGAACGUUCGUUUUGGUCUAUGUUCACAGCGAUAUUGUGUGCACGUUUCUUUUUAACAGGACGGCCGGACUAAAUUCUACCACUACCUACUGGGUAAUUGUUUUUGAUGCCGUCUCGAGAUUAUUUUUCGUGAACGUCAUAUUUUCUAAUCAUGCAUGUAUGAAACAAUAGAGGAAGCAGUCUGCAAGCGCGCGAAUCCAACUUCGGACGCUCUCGCCUGCUUCGGCUCGCACGAAUAAUCCCGAACAUUUACGAACGCGUUAAAUCAGUACGGAUUUGUUUCGAAUAGACAGGUUAAAAAACCGUGUUCAAUUCAAUUACACACUGUUUUGUAAAACUUCUUUUAAAGUUGCUUGAUCGCAAAACCGUGCUCAGUUGACGCGAAUUGAACACGGGAUCGUAGGAUUCCGUAGUAAAACAAAAGCGUGUGGAUUUCGCGAGCUCGGCGUCGCCAGUUGAACACGGAAAGGGAAAUACGCCCUAGUGGUAGGUUUGAAAACCGCGCGAUUCGAUGCACAAAAACCAUUUUUACCCAUACUAUAAAGUUUGUGGUGGACCCCCAUUAAGUUGGCCGAGAACUAAUAUUAAUCAGAGAAUUUUCUCAAGGUCGGCCCCAUCCAUAAAGCAAUAUGUUGUGAAAAAAAUAGUACAUAGUCUGAUAGAAAUCACAUCACAUGACACUGGCAGAGCUAAUGUAAUAAUUUAUGGAAAAAAGGGGGCAAUGUAAUAAUUUUUGCUUGGAUCAAAAACUCAACACUUUCACAAUUAGAAAUUUAUAAAAUGAGUAAAUCCUAUUAUUUUUAUCGCCAGUGUUAAUUGUAAUCAUAGUAUUAUUAAAUAGUGAUUUAUUUAUGUUAUCUACACUAAUGUAAUGAAGAGGAAAUAUUUUUUGUUUGUUUGUUUAUACUGUAAAGGCUCCGAAACUACUGAACCGAUUUCGAAAAUUUUGACACUGCUGGGAAGCUGCACUCUUCACGAGUAACAUAGGCUAUAUAUUAUCCCGGUACGGGCAGUAGUUCCCACGGGACGCGAGUGAAACCACGGGAAAACGGCUAUCAACGGCUAGUAGAUUAUACAAUAUAGGUAUACUAUUAAGUUGCACUCUGCUUUCAAAUAGGGAAAUGCAAUAUAUUUUUAUUAUUACAUACAUAAUAUGAAAUGUAAAGCACACAGUAUUAGUGUUAUUAAAAUGUUUGCUAAAAUGUGAGAUUUUUUAUUUAUUUACUAUCUUGACUAGCUUUAGCUCCUAUCACAAAAAAUACCUCAUGCCUUCUGCAGGGUAUACCAUAUCUCUCUGCCUAAUUAUCUCAAUUGGUUCAGCCGUUUUCGUAUUGGUUGAAUAACACAGACUUAUGGGUAAAUAAGUGAAACUAUUUUUACUGACACAAUAUUUUUAUUUCAAUAAACCAUAACCAUUUUUGAGAAAUAAAGCUUUUUAAAAGUUAACAAUACUUGUUAAAGUACCCAUUUAAAAAUACCUUUUCUUUCUGAUCAUCAAUUAUGUUAGUUACAAAUUAUGAAGUUUAUUGAGCUAUAAGUACCUAUACUCCAUUCAAAAUAACAUUAGAAAUUUAAGUAAACCUUUUUUACUGUUUGUUCAACCGAUUUUGACUUCUAUUGCGUUAGUAGUAUGAUUAAUGGCGGCUGCAGUAAAUACUUGGUAUUGUAACCACUAUUUUGCUUUCAAUUCCGUUCUUUUGUCUACGGAAUAGAAGUCAAAAUCGGUUGAACAAACAGUAAAAAAGGUUUACUUAAAUGUCUAAUGUUAUUUUGAAUGGAGUAUAGGCUAU